CUGUUGUUCAACAAGCAUUAAUUUGUGCUCCCAUUAAAACUAUAGGGCUAUAGAAGCCAAUAGAAACCAGGCUUCACCGGAGCUCUACAGGCGUUGUGUCAGGGGCUUCAGAGGAGAUUUUCAGUCGGGCUGCACUGUCCACCGAACACAGUCUCCAAUUUUCUUCAUCAUGACCAAACUUCUGGAGUGGCUUCUGGUUGUGUCGCUGGUUGCUGUUGCUUGGGGACUUGUGACCUUUGACCUUCUUGGCUUGCACGUAUCUGCUGUGUACAAGGAAGUAGCUUGGCCUAUGCCUGUUUACCUGCUGGUGGCAUUUGGGUGUUAUUCGCUGGCAGCAGUCGGUUACAGAGUAGCCACGUUUAACGACUGCGAAGAUGCAGCCAGAGAGCUGCAGAGCCAGAUACAAGAGGCUAAAGAGGACCUAAAGAAGAAGGGCCUGAAGAUGUGAGGACUUUCUUAGAAAUUAUAGACUGUUAAUAGACCACCUUUCUGACUCAGCUAUGCUUGUUUUUUGUGUCCUGUUUGUUAUACAUUUCUGACUUGAGACACUAUGGAAGCUGGAACCAUCCUAAAAUGCCAAAGCUUGAAAUCAGAUGUAAUUGUUAUUUUGAAUUUUCCAUUGAAUGCAGUGUGUAUCAUUAUAGCAGACCAUAUAUAAAAUUAAAUAAACCAAUGUUUAGAAUGGGGAAUAUAGAAUGUGCUGUUUCUGUGUAACCUAUAUUUGGACUGGCUUCUAGAUGGAGACGUCUCCGUAAUUGUUUGUUUUUAAAAUGUAAUUUUUGUGUCGGAAGAAUCAGAAUUUGGAGUCAGACUAAGUAACAACGUGGUUGCACAGCGCCAUGUUUGUGUGAGAUAACUGUGGUGUGCACUCACAGCACUCGAUACAGAGUUGAUUUUUAACAAGCUUGAUAAUAGGAUGCUAUUGUUCUCGAAAUACACACACUGGAGCACAGGAAUGUCUGCAGCAGGAAAAAAAAAAUUGGAACCAUGUUACUGUUUUAAGUUACUGCAAGUUAGUGAUUGUGUAAUCCAUAUACACAAACUAGUGACUGUAUUCACAAAGCGUCUUAAAAUGGGAGUGCUGAUUUCGGAUAAUGUAUUUUACGAUGUGGUGAAGGGAACCUGAGUCUGUCACUAAAAUGUUUUACCUCUUACUUUUUUAGGUUAUUGUUUCUAAUGUCUCCUAAAGGGUCUCUUCUGUAAAAUCUGACUGGAAAACUGUUGUAUUUUAGACCGUGUUCCAUAUGUAACUACAUUGUGUUUAGAUUGAGUCCAAAUGUAUAAUACAGAUUAUUUUUCCCUAAAA